AUGAAGGAAAACAGGUUUGCUCGUGACCCCCAUCUUACUUAUCAGGAACCUUUGAUUAAGAAUGGCAUUAAGAUUGCCCAAGUCGACCCUGAGGAGGUGAAGUUCCAAGCUGCGAAUUGGAGCUCUGCUGUAAUAUGUAUGGUGCUGGGUACGAACCCUCCAAUGGCGGUGUUUAAGGGUUAUAUUAAGCGUAUUUGGGGCCAUCUUGGGAUUGCGCAGAUAGCUCAUAUGACCAUGGGUUUAACAAUGGUGAAAUUUAAUGAUGAAGCGACUAGAGAUCUGGUUUUAGAGAAUGGUGUUCUUCAAUUUGAUAGAAAGUCAGUUAUAGUCAGACUGUGGUCCUCAGAUCUAGAUGCGGUUAAGUUAGUCCUUUCUGUACCAUUAUGGAUUCGACUUCAUGAUCUAGGUCUUCAAUACUGGGGGAACAAAUGUCUAAGUGCAUUGGUUAGUACUAUUGGGAAACCUAUAAUGGUGGAUCAGUAUACUAGGGAUCGCACUAGGAUUCAAUUUGCUCGGAUUCUGGUUGAGAUGGAUACAACGGAUGCACCACCGAGAGUGAUUCAAUUUCUAAAUGAAAAAGGCCAGUUGGUGGAGCAGGGGAUAGAUUAUGAGUGGUUACUAGUGAAAUGUAAAACAUGUAUGGGUUAUGGCCACAUUAUGGCAGACUGUAGGAAAGGGGAAGUUGAGAAGAGAAAGAGGAAUACAAAGAGGAAUGACCCUGUGACUAAACCAGAGGAACACUCUAACAAUCCUCCCAUUUCGAGUCCUGGUUCUUCGAAGAUACAACCAUCUGGUUCAGGAAAAAAAGAUGAUCAAGCACUGAGUAAUACUGACUGGAAAACACCUAGGAAAACUACUGGUUUAAGAAUGAAGGAACAUGUUACGGUUUCUACAUCAGAUCAUGACCAAGAGGCUGGGCAGAGAUUAGUGAAUGUAUUAUGUGUUCUGCAGGACAAGGAUGGUAAUGAGGAAGAGGAGGUAGACUGUAGAGAAAUAAAGGGUCUUGAUUUGUCUACUACUUAG